AUGCAAGCUGUAGAGGGGUCAUUCGAUAGCAGCCCGGUCGAGGCUGCUCGUUGGUACCAGCCACUGGCCAGCCGGGUCGUACAAAGAUGGGGUGCUCCAAGUGCGGCACCCGUUGCAAACAACGGUCAAAAUCAGAAUGGGCAAUACACAGGGACCGGUGCCCAGGGCUCCUGGGGCCAGACCUCCUGGGGCCAGAGGUUGGGUGUGGCGCAAGCCCCUGGCCAGGGCGUGGCUGCACAAGUACCGGGUGCCAGUACUGCGCUUCAGCAAGGUUCAACAGAAGACAACGGUCAAUACACGUGGAAGCCCGCCGGGCAGGCAUCUCAACUGCAGACACCUCAACUGCAGACACCUCAACUGCAGACAAACACGCAAAGUGCAGCGACGAGCACUCUCAGCCAAUGGACGCCGACCAGUCCGACGACGAGUACUACCAGUCAGGCGACGAGCACUACCAGUCAGGCGACAACCACUUCGAGUGACACGACGACCACCCACAGUCAAUCCACCAGUACCAGCACUCAACCCACAACACUGCAGACUCGCGUCAGUCACAAGGCGACCGCCACGGCAACUGAUACCGCCCCGAUGAGCACCGGAACAGGCCAUCAGGCACCUAAAAAGCUGGACAACAGCGCAUGGGCUGCUGUUGCGGUUUGCGCUGUGGUCGGACUCAUAGCUGGCUUGGUCCUACUUUCAUUAUACCGAAAGCGGCAACGAGCCAAGGCAGUAGCCAGGGCCAAAGAGCGCAUGAGAAGAGAUGAGGAACCGAAGUCUGCACAUUUGGAAAGAAACAGUGGCCUUAAUACCCUGCCACACCUAUUUUUAGCAAGCAAAACAGCAUUAUUUAGCGUGGUUUCCUUACGGUCGACUAAUGAGAAGGACGAGGUGUGCAGCAAUCGCAGUCCAGAGGAGAGGCAAAUAGCAUCUAUUCACCCUGCUCUACAUGGGAAGUCUCAAGACGUCGCGACGAAGGAUGACAAGACACCAGCAAAGAGUCAUACUGAUGGUUCGAGCAUUUCCGACGCCAGUACAGUCGCGGGCACACCCUCUCGUCAUCCAACAUUCCGGCAGCCUACUGAACUGAACUACGAUGGCUGCAGUUCAUCGGACGACAGCUCAGACGAUGAAGCAAACGAUCACCGUCCUGGACUUUAUAGGCGGUUCACAGAGCGCGUCGCGAGCAUUCGGCCAACCCGUUCAAAACAACAGCCCAAACGAGGCCACCGUCACUGCAAUAGCGCCCCUAACGAGAUAAUUAUCGAUGGAAUUACCGCACAUCAUCGCGACCUGAAACAGUCCAAUGACAGCCGCACGCAUUUCCGCCGCAGUACUUAUAGUGAACAUAGUACACCCUGUCACUCCCCUGGAAUUCAGCAGUCCAAUAAGAGCAACAGUGAACCUCGCAGCACGUCGGACGAUGAUAGCGAUCAUGCCACAGAGAGCCCCAAUAUCUCCCGCAGUACUUCCGGUGACGAUGGUGACCAUAAUAACGGAUUCCAGCGCCCGCCGCUCAAGACGAGGGGAUCCUUCAAGGAUCGUGUCACCGGGCUCGCCAAACUGCCCAGGAUUGGCAGUAGAAACUCGCUCUAUAAAGGAUCCUCGGCUGAAGAGAAAGAUAAGAAGCUGUCAACGAUUCCAGAUGACGAAGACAACAGGAUUGUCGCCUCCUAUGCACCUGCCACAUUCAAGACAUACAGCGUCGAGAUGGAGCACUCUCCUGCCAAUGAUACUCAGAUUAAGCUGGGUCUAGGUCAGUAUGUAACGAUAUUCCAGGUCUAUGACCACGGUUGGGUAUGUGAUCCCAUUUUCUCAUUUCCCCUAGUUUCGUGA